AUGGGAAACGCUAAUGGAAGAAUAGACGUCGAUUUCGAGGAAGAAGUCAACCUCUCACACUUUAGGCUUCUGCGUGUGGUUGGUAGAGGUGCUUUUGGUAAGGUGCGGAUUGUAGAACGACUUGACACAAAACGUCUAUUCGCGUUGAAAUACAUUUCAAAGAAUGAAUGUAUAAAAAUGGAUGCGAUUCGUAAUAUCUUUCGUGAACGUGCCAUGUUAGAAGAGUUGGAUCAUCCAUUGGAUGGGUGGGGAUCUGAGAUUCCACUUGAACAGGAAAACCUUUACCGAAGAUGCAAUUCGAUUUUGGAUAGCCGAGCUUGCUUGUGCUAUAAGAUAUCUACAUUCAAAAGGGAUUGUCCACAGUAUAAAUUGCCCUUUAUCCCAAUAAGAGAUAUAAAGCCAGACAAUGUUCUUUUGGAUGAUCGAGGUCACGUACAUUUAACAGAUUUCAAUAUAGCCACACACAUCCGUUCCGAUAAACCACUAACAUCACAUUCUGGCACAUGUGCUUACAUGGCUCCUGAAGUAUUUAGGGGUGGCGGUUAUGGUGUCACUGUAGAUUGGUGGUCACUAGGAGUUACAUUCUAUGAAUGUAUCUAUGGCAGGAAAAUGAUUGUCAAAGCCCCUAUACAAUAUCCAGAUAUGGACCCACCAGUUAGUCCAGCCUGCGUUUCUGCAAUACAAGGCUUCCUUGAACGUGAUAUAAAUCGACGUUUAGGAUGUGGACCUAAUGGGUUUAUUCACAUACAAAGCCAUCCCUUUUUCCGAAACAUUGAUUGGCCAUCCCUCGAAUCAAAAGCGGUACAACCGAUUUUUCGUCCAUCAUCCGAUCGAAUCAAUUUCGAUGCCACCUAUGAUCUCGAAGAAUUACUCCUCGAAGAGCAACCGCUCGAAGCAAAAUCUCGCCGACGAAAAAUAAAAAAACGUAAAGAAGGAGGAGCAGAGGUGUUAUCGGACAAAGAGUUACAACUGCUCCAAAUUGAAGAGAAAUUCAAACCCUUUGAUUACACAGUUUUCGAACGAUACGAAGGUUGGGUGGAUCCAGUUACUAGAUGCGUUGGUGAUCCACCGGAAUGGGUAAAACCAGCUGCGGUUGAAGUGGAAAAUAUUAGAGAGAGAGAAAGUCAAGAAUUACAAAAUAAUAGUAGAAAUAACUCUCGGCCUGUUAGUAUUGUGGGUACUUUAGGGAUUCCACUAGAUAAUGGAGUACAAGUAUAA